AUGUUCGCUUCUGAGUCUAAAGCUCGUGUUAUGCAGACUCGAUAUCAACUUGCUACCCUCAAGAAAGGUGCCUCAUCUAUUACUGACUACUUUCAUAAGGCCCAGACCUUGGCUCAUACCUUAGCUGCUAUAAAUGAGCCCUUAAAUGACUUUGAAGUUGUCUUUUACAUUUUGGUUCGCUUAAGCACAGAUUAUGACCCCUUGGUCACCUCAAUUACAACUCGUAUUGCUCCAAUUUUUAUGGAAGAAUUGUAUGGUCACCUGUUGACCCAUGAGCAGCGAAUUGAAUUGCAUCACACUAUUCCAGAUUUGUCUUCCUCCAAUGUAAAUGUGGCCCUGCGCCACUCCUCUUCCUUCAACAACAAUUCCCAUGGCUCCCCACAUUCUCGUGGCUCAUCUCAUAUGGGACGGGGGAGAGGACGAGGCGAUUCUCAUGGACUUGCUGCUUAUUUUGCUGCCCCUCAUGCGGCCUCUGACUCCUCAUGGUACCAUGAUACGAGCUCCACCCACCACUUGACCAAUGAUCUCUCCAAUCUCAAUGUCCGCGCAGAAGAGUAUACGAGCAAUUGCCAAAUCAAAGUUGGUAAUGGGCAAGGAUAUCAAGGCUCGGAGAUUGCUCCUCCAAAGCCUGAGUAA